GCCGUCACAUUCCAGAUGAAGGGGACCAAACAGUAACCAUAUUUCACGCAUCCUAGAGCCUUUCCGAACUGUCUAUUGCAUGCAGUUUUGGUAAACGAUCAAUGCCAAGGCUAAUUGGGAAGGUUACUUUCUCAAUCGAAUUCUCGGGCCUCAGUUGAACCGAAGUUUUGCUGUUUAGGAUUUAAGCUGGUGUCUCCGUCCGCGUCGGGUCCGCUUUAGCCACAUAUGGAUGAAAAUGACGCAGCUGGCACCUACCGCCUAUACGUCAUUGACACUUGGCGAGUUUACGUCAAUGACAAGAAUACGAAUAGACUCCUGGAAUUAGCCUUGGACCACACAUGGAACGAAAGAAUACCACUGCGCCUCCCCCAUCCAAAGACGAACAUGAGGGCUGGGUGGUAGGCGAUAGAAACACACGCAGAAGAAUCUGGCUCGCUCUCAGCGAACCCGUUCAACAGGCGGUCUUCCGUCACUUCAAAAGUCCCGCUGCCACUCUAUUCAAAGCGCUGAAGAGUGCGUAUGAAUACUCUGGUGCCUCCGCGGAAUUCUACGCGAGACAGAAAUAUGAUAACACCAAAAUUAGUAACCAUAAAUCCAUAGCAGACUAUCCGACAGUCCUCGUAAACCUCGCUCACCACGUCAACAAGGAGAUCACUGGCAACCAGGGGCGCAUUGAAGAUAGAACGAUCAUCGUCAGAACCGCCCCGACGACAGGUACAAUCUUGACGAACUUCGAAGAGAUGUGGAGGCAGAUGAACUUCGUACACAAACCGCUGGGGAGAACCUGGGUACAACCUCGCCGCCAAGCGGUAAAGGGGAGGAUUUUUGGACUUACGUUCCCUCAGACAUCUCUCAUCUACAAGACUGAGGUGAGGGUCACUGUUUUCAUUGACCUCGUCCACACAACGUUCAUAUUCGUGGGUUACACGUGUCACGGAAUUACAAUAGUGCAUACCUUUCGCGAGAGUGUGAAAAUGGCUGAUGUGGACGUGUUUCACUCAGUCUUUGGGUCCGGCAAAUUGCAUGUACAAGACCUUGGUGCUAAAGAACGAAAGAGUCGAGCGAGCCAAUACUCAGCUCCCGGCAGACGCGACAGUUUGUUUGCUCCGGGCUGGUCUCCGACAGUUGAGCUACAACACAAGGGGCUGGAUAUUAUUGCUGGAUGCGCGUGCGACACAGACUCGUACUCAGGCGGAGUUGUUCGUGAACACGCGCAGCUUGCCCCCCUCCUUUUUUGCGCGAAAAGGGCAAAUUGCGUGUUACUCCACGAGCCGACUCCGACUGGGUACAAGUCUGGAUUCCAUUUCGUUCCUGUAAGAGGAUUCCAAAAUAGGAGAGUUGAGCGAACCAAUACUCAGCCCUUCGGCAGGCAUAUGGCGCGCUUCGACAACUCAUGGGGACCACCCACCUGUUCUGGUUGCCUCAUUCUUGGGAAGUAUACUGAAGAGUAUGCUGUUCCCGAACUUGGAGCAAUGUCAGCCGCACAUCGCGUGUCAAAGUUGCUCCGACAUCAAAGAAAGCAGCACACCGACAGGGAGGGACCAGGGUAGUUAACGUGUCCUGAGGUCGGGUUGGGCCCGCUUAGGACGCUGCGCGUAAUUAGAGGGGAGGACAGUUGGUACAAUUUGGAACACGCAUCAACAAUAUAUGAACCGUGUUGGCAAUGAGUGGCAAACCAGGGCACUUCCUAGGCGCUACAAGUUUGCCUGGGAUAGUUUGCGUAGCAACGCCUUGAGGAAUUAAUGAAGCCAUGUCUGACAUGUGAGGCCCGUUUGCCAGAAUGGAGUCGGGGAUUCAUUCAAACGAGACCGGGGCCAAGGCUGGUUCAUCUGAGAUCUGAGUUACAGAAUAACAACAAAGCAGAUAAUGCAUGAUACAAUGACAGGAAAUGCAUGAAAUAGGUUCACAUCCAUUUGGGAGUCG